CGUCCAUUCCCGGGUCCGAGGAGCAUCCUUCUCGGGGCUGAGGCGCACCCCACCCUGGAGGGCCGAGGAGGCCCGGCCCCGGCGCGUGAACAGAGUAUUUGUCAGGCAAGAGCUGCUGUGAUGGUUUAUGAUGAUGCCAACAAGAAGUGGGUGCCAGCUGGUGGCUCAACGGGGUUCAGCAGAGUUCACAUAUAUCACCAUACAGGCAACAACACGUUCAGAGUGGUGGGCAGGAAGAUUCAGGACCAUCAGGUCGUGAUAAAUUGUGCCAUUCCUAAAGGGUUGAAGUACAAUCAAGCUACACAGACCUUCCACCAGUGGCGAGACGCCAGACAGGUGUAUGGCCUCAACUUUGGCAGCAAGGAGGAUGCCAAUGUCUUCGCAAGUGCCAUGAUGCAUGCCUUAGAGGUGUUGAAUUCACAGGAAACAGCCCAGAGCAAGGUUGCUGCUACCCAGGACAGCACUAAUUUGCGAUGUAUUUUCUGUGGGCCAACAUUGCCUAGACAAAAUUCACAGCUACCUGCCCAAGUUCAAAAUGGCCCAUCACAAGAAGAAUUGGAAAUUCAAAGAAGGCAGCUGCAAGAACAGCAGCGGCAGAAGGAGCUGGAGCGGGAGCGCGUGGAGCGCGAGCGCGUGGAGCGCGCGGAGCGGGAGCGGCUGGAGCAGGAGCAGCUGGAGCGCGAGCGGCUGGAGCGGGAGCGCGAGCGGCAGGACCGGCUGGAGCGCGAGCGGCUGGAGCGGCUCGACCGCGAGAGGGAGCAGCGGGAGCAGCGGGAGCAGCGCGAGCGGGAGCAGCGCGAGCGGCAGGAGCAGCGGGAGCGCGAGCGCGAGCGGGAGCGGGAGCAGCGCGAGCGGCAGGAGCAGCUGGAGCGGCAGGAGCAGCUGGAGUGGGAGCGCGAGCGGGAGCGCCGGCUGUCGGCCGCCGCUGCCCCUGCGCCUGCCCCUGCGGAGACUCCUCUAAACUCUGUGCUGGGGGACUCCUCUGCUUCUGAGCCAGGCUCGCAGGCAGCCUCUCAGCCGGCCGAGACUCCAGCCCAACAGGGCGGUGUCUUGGGACCACCCGCACCUCCGCCCCCACCGCCGCUCCCACCCGGCCCCGUCCCGGCCGCCGCAGCACCGCCCCCCCCCCCCGGGCCGCCGCCCCCCCCUCCGCUCCCCGCGGCGGGGCCGCCGCCCCCACCGCCCCCGCCCCCCCUUCCCAACCAGGUCCCCCCCCCUCCUCCGCCCCCUCCCGCGCCCCCACUCCCCGCAUCUGGAUUUUUUGCGGGAUCAGUGUCUGAAGACGAUCGCCCGUUGACUGGACUUGCCGCUGCGAUCGCCGGAGCGAAACUGAGGAAAGUGUCCCGGGUGGAGGACGCCUCUUUCCCGAGUGGAGGGAGCACCAUCGGCGCGAACCCAGCCUUGUCCAAAUCAGACACGGGUCGCGGGAACGGACCCCUCCCGUUAGGGGGCAGCGGGCUGAUGGAGGAGAUGAGCGCCCUGCUGGCCAGGAGGAGAAGAAUUGCUGAGAAGGGAUCAACGAUAGACACCGAACAGAAAGAGGACAAACACGAAGAUUCCGAGCCCGUCACUUCUAAGGCCUCGUCGACAAGUACACCCGAACCAGCAAGAAAACCUUGGGAAAGAGCGAAUACAGUGAAUGGCAGCAAGUCACCUGUCAUCUCCAGACGGGAUUCUCCAAGGAAAAAUCAGAUUGUUUUUGACAACAGGUCCUAUGAUUCAUUACACAGACCAAAAUCUGCACCUUCGUCGCAGCCCAGUGCCAACGGCGUCCAGACAGAGGGGCUAGACUACGACAGGCUGAAGCAGGACAUUUUAGAUGAAAUGAGAAAAGAAUUAACAAAGCUAAAAGAAGAGCUCAUUGAUGCGAUCAGGCAAGAACUGAGCAAGUCCAAUUCUGCGUAGAGAAGCAAGCCCAGGAGAAACAGGACCGUAGCUGGAGGAAGAAAAAAGAGCCCUGCAAACAACAGCUGUUAACAACAAGCCCCUACGUUUUGUGAGCGUUUUGUGAGCCGCGGGAAGAAAGUGGAUACAGAUGGUCGGAAGGAGGAGAGCCGGCGCACUUGUGAGCCUUCAGAUGCCGUUGCUCUGGCGAUCAGCGAUUUCCCUCCAGUUUGCUGCUUUCUUCUGACCUUUUCAACAGGAUGGAAGGGUCGGAUAAGAGUUCCCAUUUAACGGUUAUGCAGAAAAUCCUAAGCCCAUCAGGCAGAAUCGCCGUGCAUUGAAAUAUUUUCAUGUCAAGACAAAAUCGCACGUUUUCCACAACCCAUUGCUAAAAUAAAGAGGAGAAAGGCUUAAGAAGUUUGUUUUCAGAGAGUGCUGAUGAAGAAUUUAGCAAGUUACGCUAUUGUAUUGUACAUGUUUCUCUCAGGUUUGUCUUCCUAUCACGUGUGAUAUUCCGUAAUUGAGGUCAGCCCUGUGGAGGUUAAGAUCCUAAAACGUGGAACAAAUGGAAUUGUAUGUGCUUUCAAAGGGCGAUAUUUAUAAGAAAGUGUCCUAAAAAUGAUUUGUCUGGCUUGAGGAAUUUUAGAAUGAUAGGAAGUCUCUCGAGUUAGCCUUCAUGCAAUUUUGUAGAUUACAACAUAAAAUUCAUCCAGAAUUUAAAGAUUUAGAUGCCUUCCUAAAUUGUUAAAAUGCUUUACCAAAUCUAUGACUCCUACAUAACACACACCAGUGGUCAAAUGUAAAACAAUAUAUUGUAGAUUUACUGUAGGUUUUCAACCUUUUUUAGAUUUAUGCAUGUGGACAUUUUUAUAAUGUAAUUACAACCACCACAAAAUUAGCUUUUUUAAUUGCAAACAGUAAUGCAUGUCACACUAAUGUGUAGUGGCCUUUUCAAGGCCUGGUCCCAGGGAAAACAUUUUGUAGAGUGUAGGGGGCGGGAGGAAGGGAAGGAAUAAGUUUUCAUUUAAAGUUAAUUUCUGCAUUGUCUUUUUUUUCUUAAUUACCUGCAUGAAUAAUAAUGAGGAAUAUUUUGUGACUUUAAUUGGUAAAUAUGUUAGCAGAACCAAGUACUUAAUCUUUUACAUCAUGUCUUCAGCUGUUCGUAUUUUAGCUUCAGUAAUUUCAAUGGUCUGAAACAUGAUUCUGAGCUUCACAUGAAUCACAUCAUACUGUGGGACUCGAAAACUUGAUCCCUGAAUCUGGCAGUUACUAUGACCUAGGUGCCCUGCAGUCGGACAGGUGUUCAGGUGCAUGCUCUGACCAGGAAAGCUGCUCUUGAAUUGUGUUGUGUGGAAACAUAAGAAGUGGCAAUGUCAGCAGCUACUGAGGUCACAGGCGUCAGUCACGCGGCAGCGGGGACCGGCGAGGGGCUCUGAGUAGUUCUCUGGUGACAGAGUGAGACUUGGGGUAGGGGGACGGGAUUAGAUCCUCUGCUGACCCCGACUCGGGUGUGUGUGCGUGUGUUCGUAAUCCACACCCUUCUCCUGGAAACUCAUGAAGAUUAAAAUAGGGGAGACAUUCUAUAUGUUGCAAUGAUAGAUUUUUUUUUUUUUUUGAAAAUUUAGGAAAUCAGAAACUCUCCAGGCUCUCUGUCUUGAUGUAUGCUUCAGUUACGUGCCAUACUUGCUUUGAAAUCUUUGAUUAUUUGAAGUUUCACUAAAGUUUUGAAGAAAUAAUCCAUUUUCAUCUGCUUUCUAGAUUUCGUAAUCUCAUUUGGGAAGACGGAGCUUGCCGAUAGCAUAGUUUUCUAAAGGCUGCAGAUUUGCCAUUGCCCUUCCAGACGGUGUGAACGAGGGAGGUUUUUCCUGCUUACGGUAGUUCCCGUUUGUGUAGAAACUGCGGUUUUACAUUAAUCUGUGAUGGGUGAGCUGUCCUCACUCAGGUCUGUGGUUGUGUUUUCUGUCCCUCUUCAUGGUCAGGCAGUAGUAAAGGCAUUCAAGAUGCGGCAGGCUUCUGAAGUACUCUUUUCUAGAAGAACUAGGAGGCAUUUUCAUCUUUAGUAUUGUACUUUCGGUUAUGCAGACACUUCGAUGGUAUAAAGGCUUAUGUCCCCUAUAAAUCUGGUGAGAAAUCACUUGAUUUUGUUGGUUGUUGGUCUCUAGUAGGAUAGGAUGCUGGGUACACGUGGUCCAAAGUGAGAUAAAAGACUGCAGUAAAACGCUAGAUCUCAAAAAGGAACCGGUUUACGCACUAACUGUCUCGUGCCUUUUGGUCUAACAUUAGCAGGAUAUCUGUGUAAAAUGACAGAAAACCAGUGUUGAAUCACGCCAUUUUCCAUCAUUUUGCAUUAUCCCGGGUUGCUAAAUGUGUUCUUUACAAGACGUUUGAUGAAAUCACUGUACACAUCCGCUGUCCUACGUGACAGUUUUGUCAUCGUUAGAGAUUUCAGUAACUCACGCGGGAAGUUCUCAGAGCGAUGUUCCUCGGAACCCCGUCAGACGAUGGUUUUUGUGCUCUAGUCCACGGGCUGUCUGAAGCUGAGUGCAGUUCAGGGGUCCUUUCUAGUUACAGGAAGGCACUUCUUUCCUCAACACUGUGAUCUGACCCGUGACCAAUCCGUCCUGUGCGCUGUGUCAACGGCCGACGGUCCAUCGCAAACCAACUGAAUGUACACACCUCCCGCCGGUGCCGAGGUCUCUCCGGAACGGCUGUCCCGGUCGCGGUUCGUCCACACUUUGCCAGCGUCAAGUGUCUGUCGGAACCGAGGACGAAACACUAACGAAUGUUGGAUUCUCGUGCUUUAGGUGUGCUUCCUCUUUAGCCUUUUCGGUUCUCUGCCAUUUUUACCGUACUGUUUCAUUUAAAUUUCCUACACGCUAACUUCGUUUGUGUGAUUGAAAUAAACUUGCAGUAUAUA